AGAAGACUAAACAAACGUAAGAUAAAAUAAAGGUACAGGGAGUUGAGAGAAAAAAAAAAAAGAGAAUGACAAAGUUCUCUGUGGGGAUCGAAGAAGAUGGAGAGGGGCCUAGCAACCUUGUUCCGGUUCCUAAGCGUCAAAGGUUCGAAAGCAUUUUGGAUCUAGAGGGCUCUGAUCAAGAUGAAGAAGUGGAAGAAUCAGAAGGAGAAGAAGCAUUAGAGGAAGAAGAAGAAGAAGAAGAAGAAGAAAAAGAAGAAGAGGAAAGUGGAGCUGAGCGAGGAGCCAUGAGCCCUCAGACUGCUAGAGAUGGCUCUAUUUCUAUUACCUUAACUGACCCUGACGUUCUUGAUUGUUUUAUCUGCUAUGAGGCCUUGACUAUCCCAGUUUUUCAGUGUGAUAAUGGGCAUAUAGCUUGCUCUACCUGUUGCAUCAAAAUUAGCAAUAAAUGCCCAUCCUGUUCUAGUCCUAUUGGCUAUAGUCGCUGCAGGGCCUUUGAGAAGGUUCUGGAAUCAGUCAAAGUGUCAUGCCAAAACACAAAGUAUGGAUGCAGAGAAACAUUCAGUUAUAGUAUGAAACAGAAACAUGAGAAGACAUGUCCUUUUGCAUCAUGUUCAUGCCCCCUUGCUGAUUGCAAUUUUGAGGGUUCAUCAAAGCAGCUAUGUGAACACUUCAGUACUGAACACAAGUAUUCUCCAACAUGUUUCAAGUACACUCACGUUGUAUCAAUUACCUUAGGAGUUGAUGAAAAGUUCCUUAUUCUUCAAGAGGUGAUUGACGGUUCUUUAUAUAUUCUCAACAAUAAGGUUGAAACUUUGGGGAAUGUAGUCACUUUGAGUCGGAUUGGACCCUCAAUAGAGAAUGGUUUGUUCUAUGAACUAAUUGCAAAAGCUGAGGCUGAGGGAAGUACCCUUAGAUUUCAAUCCUUCACAAAGAGCACACUAAAACGGGUUGAUAACCCACCUUCAAUAGGGUUUCUCCUGGUUCCCAGUCAGUUCUCUUGCAUUUCCAGGCAGCUCAAGAUGGACCUCCUCUUGUGGCAUCAUCGUCAUUUUCCUUACAACAUCCAGAGACCAAGUGGACUUUCUGGUUCAUUCCUAGCAGGGAAGAGUUUAUAUCCUGCAGAGUGUGAGAAAUAUUGAGAGGAAUGGAAACUUGGCAAGUUGGAUUGUAAGUGCCAAUUCACUGUUUCUUAUAUGUUACUUGCAAUUCUGUUAUUCAUGUUUUUACAUAGGAAUAUCAUGUAUCUAUUUAAAAGUUUAUUUUUCAGCAAUGGCAUUUUACCGUCUCGAUUAUAAAAAACUAAGUUAAAAGUUCUUAAAAGUCGUGUAAUUAUUCAAGAAUGUUAUUUAAUUUUUAUUUUUUUAAUAUAAAACAUAUUAGGUAAGGACAACCAGUAUAGCAGUAGAAAAGAAAAUUUUUCUCCAAUUAAAAUUAGACUUUCGGAAUGUUGAAAGUUUGGGGAAGACUGAAAAAAAAUUAAGAAAUUACUUAAGAGAAUAUUACCAUGGUGGUUGCAGAUCAGCACAUAAUCCCUGAAUGGUAACAUUCCAUAACAAAACUUUUAUCAGAUUGAAUAAAUGAAUGUUACUGAACAUUUUGUGUGUUUUAGUUUUGAAUGAAUUGCAGUUCAAUGACAUACUGACAGUGAUCUUCAUGCUCAUACAAUAGUUGCUGCAUUGGUUGUUUCUUUCUUUGAUUUUACAUUUUGAGCGAAAAUGAUGAAACGAUAUAAGAUGGUGGCUUGAAGUGGUGGGAGAAAUUUAGCUUAUAUUAAUUAGAUGUUAGGAAUGAUGAAUUCUAUGCACUACCCUGCAACCUUAGCCAAUUUUUUUUUCGGCUCUUUUAAAUUUAACAUCUCCAUCUAUUAACCUCUACAAGAAGAACUUGAGCUGUUGCCAACAAUUGUGAUAUGUUGAUAGAGUAUUGAAACUUUAGUUAUAAUAAUUAAAAUUUAAAUUCUGAUAAUGUCAAAUAUAUAUAUUUUUAAAAUUAGAGCUGUUUUUUUUUUUACCAACAAUGAUUCAUUUUCCCACAUUCAAAACGUGAGCUUCAAAAAUUAUCAAACGGAAUAACAAAUUCAAGUCCAAAAGAAUAAUAAGAUGCAACAGUGAGUAUGAUCUUACUUGCCAGCAUAGCCAUACUAGAACUUUGUGAUGUUUACAGUUUAAAAAUGGCGAAGGCAUUGCUUCAAGUUUGUAACACUCCUAGUCUAACAUGGAGGUUCUAAGUUAAAAUUUCUAUUCUCCAUCCUUGACUAUCAAAAAAUUAUAUAGAAACCUUUGAUUAAGAUGAAAUCAAUGAGACGGAGAAAAUAAUAAAAGGAGAAAUGAAAAUUUACUGUUUGAUGAUAAGAGAAUUUCCAUGUAUUGGCAGUAACUCUUUCAAGAAAUAAGACCUAUGAACUUGCCAGUAAAAUAUACUCUUGUA